UUGAAGGUCACAAUCUACAGCAGAGAUAUAAAUACGAAACCGAGACAAUCAAGGCACACGCACGGAGCCUUCUCUCAAGAGCACAGUGGCUACAGAAAGGCAGAAAUGAGUCCUGAAAUCAUCGUCUUUUUCGUCGCAAUGGGCUGGCCUACCAGCCAGGCAGCAAUAUGCCCCACGGGCUGGCUGCGAUUUGGUGAGACCUGCUACUUGGUGGUAACAACUCCACUGACGUGGGGGGAUGCUAGUCGCGAGUGUCACACCAAGAAAGCCGAGCUGGUCCUCCCUCAGUGUCAAACGGAACAAGAUGCGAUCUGGGAAAUGUUCCUACAAAUCUAUCACGGAAACCCCAGCAAACACAUCUGGAUCGGUUGUAGCGACAUUGAGGAAGAGGGAAAAUGGCAUCCCUGUCCGCUAAGGAGCAGCUCCUCUGACGCCUACCAGAACUGGAAGGACGAUCAGCCGGACAACGAUCUUAACGGCAACGCUGACUGCGCAGCGAUGAUAAACGGUGCCGGCGGUCGGUGGGGAGACCGGGGCUGUACAGAGAGACACUUCUCAGCUUGUCAGUUGCCUGCCGACACGGAUACCGCGCUCUCGUUCUGCCUUCAGGUCGGCACCGAGGGCCGCCUGGCCUCUCCAUCGUGCCUCGUCGAUCACGUCGUGAAGGAGCUACCGGUGAGGGGCGUGGUGGAGUGCGGUAAGGCCUGCCGAUCGGAGCCGCGAUGCCGCUCCUUCAAUCUCCUCGAGGAAGGUCCGGAAACGAUGCUGUGCCAACUGAACAACGUAGCUCGUCGCCAAGUGGAAGGAGAAGAUUCGAUUCCGAAACUACAGAACUGUUACUUUUUCGAGAUGUAGCGCCAGACCAGAGUAGUCUUAGGUCAAGGACUGUUUUUGGAUGUUGUUCCCCUUGUGCCCCCGGUCCGGCGUCUUGGAACUUUGGCGCUUGCACCCGAGAAGAACUUCAAGUAUUCACGGUAUGCCAAGUAAAGGAUCGAGCCCGGCUGCAUGAAAGGAACAGAUCUAAAUCCAGUCUUCGGGCCAAGCUAUAGAGUUGAAGGUGUCGAACAUCAAAUCGACAACUUGUACAAGAAGUGGUAUAGGUUUGUGCAUGGGUCUAGAUCAUUAUCAUGUUGCAGCCAUUUAACGUUUUCCCACUCAA